CUUUGUACCUUGGAAGUCUUCUGUUUUGCCAAGCCCUCAACUGACACAGACAUGCUUUCUCUGUCAUUACGCCAAACAUUGCGGCCCCUCGCCCUCAGGGUUUCAGGGUGUUUGGGCAGAGAGGGGCAGAUCACAGCGGAGUCAUGCAGGAUAGGCCUCAGGAGCGUCGGCGGCUGGACCGGACAGGAGAGUCUGGCCCAGGACGACCCAGAGAUGUGGAGUCUACUGCAGCAGGAGAAGGACAGGCAGUGCCGGGGGCUGGAGCUCAUCGCAUCAGAGAACUUUUGCAGCCGUGCAGCACUCGAAGCGCAGGGCUCUUGUCUGAACAACAAGUACUCUGAGGGAUACCCAGGACAAAGGUACUAUGGAGGUGCAGAGGUCGUGGAUCAGAUUGAGCUGCUGUGUCAGAAGCGAGCGCUCAGCGUCUUCGGUGUGGACCCAAACUUGUGGGGCGUCAACGUCCAGCCGUACUCCGGAUCCCCCGCUAACUUUGCAGCCUACACCUCCGUACUGCAGCCUCAUGACCGCAUCAUGGGCCUGGAUCUGCCAGACGGAGGACACCUGACCCACGGCUACAUGACAGACACCAAGAGAAUCUCCGCCACCUCCAUUUACUUUGAAUCGAUGCCUUACAAGCUAGACCCUAACACAGGUCUGAUAGAUUACGACCAGCUGGAGAGGACGGCGCGUCUUUUCAGACCCAGACUCAUCAUCGCAGGAACCAGCGCCUACGCUCGCCUCAUCGACUACUCGCGCAUGAAGAAGCUGUGUGUGGAGCUAAAUGCCUACCUGCUGGCAGACAUGGCUCAUAUCAGUGGCCUGGUGGCAGCAGGAGCAGUUCCUUCUCCUUUCCAGUAUGCUGACCUGGUCACCUCCACCACCCAUAAGUCUCUGCGAGGAGCACGGGCUGGCCUGAUCUUCUACCGGAAAGGUGUGCGUUCUGUAGAUAAGAAAGGCCGCGAGGUGCUCUAUGACCUCCAGGACAAGGUGAACUUUGCCGUGUUCCCGUCUCUUCAGGGAGGACCUCACAACCACGCCAUCGCUGGGGUGGCGGUCGCGCUCAGACAGGCUUCCACUCCGAUGUUCAAACAGUACAUCGCUCAAGUGCUGCUGAACGCCAAAGCCAUGGCCAACGCUCUGCUGAAGAAAGGCUACACUCUGGUGUCAGGUGGAACCGACAACCACCUGGUCCUGGUUGACCUCCGACCUCGCGGGAUCGACGGCGCUCGAGCUGAGAGGGUCCUGGAGCUGGUGUCCAUCACCGCCAACAAGAACACGUGUCCCGGAGACAAGAGCGCCCUGACUCCGGGAGGACUCAGACUCGGAGCUCCGGCUCUGACCUCAAGACAAUUUAAGGAGGCAGACUUCGAAAAGGUUGUGGACUUAAUCGAUGAAGGGAUUCAGAUUGCGCUGGAUGUGAAGAAGAAGACCGGAAACCUGGCUAGCUUCAAGUCCUGCCUGCUGGAGGACCAGGACACAGUGUCGCGUAUCGCAGGGCUCCGCCAGCGGGUGGAGCUAUUCGCCAGGCCCUUCCCCAUGCCAGGAUUCACUGACCACUAACAGCGCCACAGACAGGAAGCCUGUUUCAUCCCCUCACGUCGCAAAUGCACCCCGAGGAGCUGCAAUGGAACAGUCUUAGAAUUAUUCGGAUGAUGUCGUCAUGGUAACAAGCUUUGUUUCCGUACGCUGUCGGUUAUAUUUCGGCCUCUGUGCAGAAAGUCAUUUCUGGACACUGACACGUUUCUAUGUCAACUAAAAAUGACAUAAAAAAAUGUAUCUGAUCAAUUGAAAGUCACACAAUACAAACUGCCAGGUACAAAAACAA